CGGUAAUAGGGCGGGCAUGCUACAACCUGGAAUACGCGUCCUGGGCAGCAUUGCCGGUUCGAUACUCCGUGCAGAGGCUACCUGGACGUGCGAGACAGGCAAAGCAGGCCGGGAAGCAGCAGGGUGGGAGCGUAGCGGGGCUCGCAGCUUCAGCAGCGCCUCCGUGACCAUGGCCCCGAUCAAGGUGGGAGAUGCCAUCCCCUCAGUGGAGGUAUUUGAAGGGGAGCCUGGAAAGAAGGUGAACCUGGCAGAGCUGUUCAAGGGCAAGAAAGGUGUGCUGUUUGGAGUCCCUGGGGCGUUUACACCUGGCUGUUCUAAGAACCACCUGCCUGGGUUUGUGGAGCAAGCCGAGGCUCUGAAGGCCAAGGGAGUGCAGGUGUUGGCAUGUCUGAGUGUUAAUGAUGUCUUUGUGACUGAAGAGUGGGGUCGAGCCCACAAGGCACAAGGCAAGGUUCGGCUCCUGGCUGACCCCACUGGGGCCUUUGGGAAGGAGACAGAUUUAUUGCUGGAUGAGUCUUUGGUGUCUCUCUUUGGGAAUCGCCGCCUGAAGAGGUUCUCCAUGGUGGUAGACAAUGGCAUAGUGAAGGUACUGAAUGUGGAGCCAGAUGGCACAGGCCUCACCUGCAGCCUGGCCCCCAACAUCAUCUCGCAGCUCUGAGACUCAGGCCAGAUGAAGAUCCUCUGCCCUGCCCAUCUUCCCUCCUACCCAGGAGGCCCAGCACCUCCUCACCUUGGGCCACUUAAAUGAAACUUUGACCAUAUUUCUGCAAUAAACAAUCUGAUUUGUGUCUUUGCCUCUGGCAUAAAA